UCGGGUUGACGGUAGACGGUAGUAUAUUAUCGAAUACAUGUAUAAAUGUAAAAUUAAUCAAUUUCAGGAACUUUUAUAAACUAAAAAAACUGCCUAAUAAAUAUUAGUUAAAUAAAGAAAUCAUUUUUUAAUAUACUAAAAUGAUGAAAAAUUUUAAAGCGGUAGCGUCACAAAAUUUGUUACUUACCAACCGCUUUAAGAAACCAACAAAUAAACAGUUUAAACCAGGAGAAAAUGACUGGUUAUUGGUUACUAGCAAUUGGUAUUUUUGGAUCUUCUCGUGGACGUUAAUGAUUGCCGCUAUUAUAGGCCUUGGUGCUACAGUAUUUAUGAUGGUGGUAUUACGUUUCACCACUAGUAUGGAAAGCAUAGAAUUCGAUAAUGAAUUGACAAAACUUAUCGGCAAUAUAGAUUUAGACAAUUUAUAUAAAGCUAAUGGCAGAAUUGAAGGCUUUAAAAAUAUUCCUAUGGAAAUUGGAAGCGAAAAUAAUUCUGUAUAUAUGCACGUCAUUAAUCCAGACGAUAUGAGUAAAGAAUCAUCGAUCGAACUGGGAUUCAGUAAAACUCACGUGAAAAAUAUUGAAUCGUUUAUAGUAGGUAAUCCAAAAGAUCCUAUUUUUACCACAUUGUUUCCAAACUUUGGUCUGCCAAAAGGAGUUCGCCAUUUAGAUGUAGCCACGGCAUUUACAAAUCGGGUAGUUAGCCCGGUCAACGAAACUCUCACGUUGAAAUCUUCUAAUUACACUCGACUUAAGGGCAAUGAAGGAACUCUGAUUGAUGGUUCCAAAAUGAAAUGGUCAGCCGAUGGCGAUUUGUUCUUGAGGUCUGUCAACGGUACGGUGAUUCUGAGCUCUGCCGAUAUUUCCUUGGACGUACAAAACUUACCCGUUGUCUUAUCUAAUAAAUUUGCCGCUCAUCAAUAUAAAUUGUGCAUAUGCAUGCCCAGCGGUAUGAUAUUUCGAGUACCAAUACCGAAUAAUUAUAAUUCUUACAUGGCCUGUAACAUGGUCAAUUUAAUUGGCGGUGACCAUCCGUGUACAUAAACAGAAUAGAUAUUAUGGAUACCUCAAGACAGUAUACCAUCUUUAAAAAUGUUGUUUGUCGUUAUUAAGCAUAAUUUUUACAACAAUAAUUAUUUUAAAUAAAUAUGAAAACUGUUUCUUUUCCUACUUGCAUUUUAAUUUAUUAACUUAUAUUAAUUAGUAAAAUAUAUGUUUGUUGUUAUUUUUUUUUUAAACAGGAUUUUAUUGUAGUAAUUAAUCACAUUGUUCUUCGACAUCGGUUAGCAUAUUAUAGUAUAGUAUAGUAUAUACUUAAGAAUACUUAUCUCUAGUCUUUACAUCUAGUCCAUUUUAUAUAUAGACUUAUUUAUGUUGUAUUAUAGUUGAUUAUGUUUUGAAUUUACUUACUUUUAAUGUUGUUUACAUUUUAAUAUAUUAUAACAAUAAUAUAAUAGAUCAAGCCCAUUUAUUAUGAUCAUAAAACUACUAUUUUACACGAUUCUACAUACCAUGUCUAGUUAAAAUUGUUAGAAUAUAUGAGACACACUGUAUUAUUCUAAAAUAAAUGUGACAAUGCUUAAGUUAGGUGGUCAACUAAAAUUGUCUACCUUUGAUGGCUAAGUAAA